CAACUCAAUAGGACUAGUUUUCAAAGGUUCCUUUCUUGAUCCUUAAUCCGUUGAAGACCAUAAAGCCACCGUUCAUGUCCUCACCCAUUCUCUCCACUCUCCAAUUCGACCAAGCACUCUGCCUCUGCAAAUCAUGCCUCCUCAAGAAGAACACCAACAAUUAUUACUUGACCCAACACUUGAUUCCGACAAUGAAGAACCAGCCUACGAAUCAACGGAAAAAGUCUACGUCAUCGGAGUCGACGAUGCUGGAGGCCAAAAUUCAGACGACUACACCAGAACGCCGCCGUUUUCAUGGAAGAAAUUGUGGCUCUUCACCGGACCUGGGUUCUUAAUGAGCAUAGCGUUUCUUGAUCCGGGGAAUCUGGAGGGAAAUCUUCAGGCGGGUUCGAUCGCAGGUUACUCUCUGCUGUGGCUGUUGUUGUGGGCCACAGCUAUGGGACUUCUGGUUCAGCUUCUCUCGGCUCGGCUUGGCGUGGCUACUGGGCGCCACUUGUCUGAGCUCUGUAGGGAUGAGUAUCCCAAGUGGGCGAGGUUGUUGUUGUGGGUCAUGGCUGAACUGGCUCUGAUUGGGGCUGAUAUUCAGGAGGUUAUUGGGAGUGCUAUUGCUAUUAAGAUUUUGAGCAAUGGGAUCUUGCCUAUAUGGGCUGGUGUUGUCAUUUCUGCUUGCGAUUGUUUCAUUCUUCUGUUGCUUGAGAACUAUGGGGUGAGGAAAUUAGAAGCACUUUUCGCAGUUCUCAUUGCCAUAAUGGCAUGUUCUUUUGCCUGGAUGUUUGGUGAAACAAAGCCCAAUGGCGUAGAACUUCUUCAGGGUAUUUUAAUUCCAAAGCUUAGCUCAAAAACAAUACAGCAGGCCGUGGGAGUUGUGGGUUGCAUUAUCAUGCCUCACAAUGUCUUCUUACAUUCUGCACUUGUACAGUCCAGAGAGAUUGACCGUCGCAAGAUAGGCCGAGUUCGAGAGGCUAUCAAUUACUAUUCAAUAGAGUCUGGUAUUGCACUUGCAAUCUCCUUCAUAAUCAAUCUAUUUGUGACAGCAGUAUUUGCAAAGGCGUUUUAUGGAACUGAACAAGCCAAUAGUAUUGGCCUUGUUAAUGCUGGGCAGUAUCUUGAGGAGAAGUAUGGUGGAGGAUUGUUACCAAUUUUGUACAUAUGGGCAAUUGGAUUGUUAGCUGCUGGCCAAAGUAGCACAAUCACUGGCACUUAUGCUGGACAGUUUAUCAUGGGUGGUUUUUUGAACUUGGGGUUGAAAAAAUGGUUGAGGGCAUUGAUAACGAGGAGCUCUGCCAUCAUCCCCACUCUGAUUGUUGCUCUUGUUUUUGAUACCUCUGACCAGAAAUUAGAUGUUCUUAACGAAUGGCUUAAUGUGCUUCAGUCAGUUCAGAUACCUUUUGCACUGAUUCCUCUUCUUUGUUUGGUCUCCAAGGAGGAGGUCAUGGGUGUAUUUAAGAUUGGCCCUGUUCUCAAGAUGGUUUCAUGGCUUGUGGCUGCCUUGGUGAUGGUUAUCAAUGGGUACCUUUUGCUGGAAUUUCUCUCUUCUGAAGGAAGUGGACUGUUGUUUACCUCUGUGGUGUCUGCUUUCACUGCUGCAUAUGCUGUGUUCAUAAUAUACCUUAUUUCACGGGGCAGCACCUUUUCUAAUUGGAUUGUACAAGCCAAGGGAUUCGCAAAUGGGAAUUGACCAAUAAUUUGUCCAACACUCGCGUUGAAUACAGAGUCCUAGAUUCAUGUAGCACUUUCAAUUGGAGGAUACCCAACUACUUGUGUGUACAAAAUGAUCAGUUUUUUGAGCUGUGAGUAUCUUCCACUUUAAUGCAUACUUCUGGGAUUAGAUGUCUGUAAAGUUUGAUAGCUUAGUUCCUCGACAUGGUGUGAAAUGAAACAUGAUAGCUUCUGCUUGAGCAUGCUAUUAUCUGAUGGGAGAAGGAAGGAAGAACAGGCUGCUACCUUGACACAAUUUCAAUCCUAUGUAGAAGAUCUGGAUCAGUGUAAUUGUCGUCAGCAAAUUUCAGAAUAUUAGUGGACCUUAGUUUAGCCCAAAGCUGUAACAUAAUGUAACACUAGUUGAGUUGGCAACGCCCCAACCUUUUUUCAGUAAUUCAAUCCAUCGAGUUAUUUAA